AUGCGCGUUAUGGAGCGCACGUUCCGAGAGCAGCUCUUCUUCCUGGUGUUGUGUCUGUCCGUCCUCAAGGGAGACUCCAGAUACAUCGAGAACAACGAGAUCUCCAAAGAUGAAUUAUUUUCAUUUUUCAACUCGGAGCUGAAGAGAGACACACCUGAGGAAUUAAUGUACCGCCGACCUUUACGUUGUCUGGACAUGGUGGCGGUGGAGGGUCAGUUCACCUUCACAGCUGAGCGUCCUCAGCUCAGCUGUGCCGCUUUCUUCAUGGCAGAACCCAACGAGCUGAUCAGUGUGGAUUAUGACAACGUGGACAUCGACUGCAGCGGAGGAGACUUCAUCACGGUGUUUGACGGCUGGGUGAUGAAAGGAGAGAAGUUCCCCAGCUCCCAGGAUCACCCUCUGCCUCUGUACGAGCGCUACGUGGACUACUGCGACUCGGGGUCGCUGAGGAGAAGCGUUCGCUCCUCUCAGAACGUGGCCAUGGUCUUCUUCCGCAUCCACAACGCCGGCAGCAGCUUCACCCUAACCGUCAGGAAACACAUCAAUCCUUUCCCUUGUAAUGUCAUCUCCCAGUCACCAGAGGGCAGUUACACAAUGGUGAACCCGCAGCAGCACAGGAACUGCAGCUUCUCCAUCAUCUAUCCGGUGGAGAUCGACGUCUCCGAGUUCAGCCUGGGACACUACAACAAAUAUCCCAAGAGGUCCAUGCCCGGCUGUGCAGAAUCAGGGGAUUUUGUGCAGCUGCUGGGAGGAAGCGGCAUCGACACGUCGAAGCUGCUGCCCAUCACCGACCUCUGCAUCUCCUUCACCGGACCCACCCACAUGAAGAUCGGCUGCGAUAACACCGUGGUGAGGAUGGUGUCCAGCGGGAAGUUCGUGAGCCGAGUGUCGUUCAGCUACAGACUACUGGACAGCCAGGAGCUGCAGACCAUCAAACUGAACAAUGUGGAGGAUUUCUGUUUCAAUAACUGA